AUGGCCACUGCUUCCAAAGUCAUCGGAGUCCUCGUUCUCUCUCUGUUUGGAGAUCGGAUAGCCACUUAUGACGAUCCGACGACGUACCGGAUGUCCAGUGUGAACAUUACGACUCUGGGACAGACCCAGGAGUACCGACUGGGUCAGCUCCUAUGGCAAACCUAUUUCAACCACACAUCUCUUUCCUACCUCGGCGACCCAAGUCCAAUCUCAGCCCUCGUCGCAUCCGGUGCAGUCCGUUUUGACGCCGAUAUGGGUGGCCAAGGUCAUGUCAUAUACGACUCGGCUGUAGCCCUGAGUCAAGGGAUGUGGCCCCCAGUCAAUAUCCGCGAUGUACCAAGUAUCACACUCGCGAAUGGGUCGACGAUCAAGAGUCCGCUGGGGGGGUUUCGAUUUACUUCCAUUAAUCAAAUUCAUCCUUGGGACGACGUCUCAUUGGAAGGUUGGCUGGAGUGCCCGAAUUUUGAAACCGCGAUGCAAUCAUUUUAUUCUAGCUCUGGUUUUCGGCAAGUUGAAAAGGACAAUGAAGAAUUCCUCAGUUCGCUGUCGUACUGGGUAGGCAACCGAUCGACGUCCCUAUCAGACAUCAAGAAUCUUUACGAUUACCUCAGCAUCCGAUACAUUCACGAUGCAGCGUUCUCAUCUGUACUGCCUUCUGGCGUGCUUAACAAAGCACGUCAGCUCGCGAGCUAUCAUGAAUCUGGGGUGUAUACUUCGACUGACCUGAACAGUACACAUAAUGUCCCAGGUCGCGCUCUCCUGCCGAAGAUCCUCAACGCUAUCGAAGGAAUCGCAAACAAAUCCAAUCCUUUGAAGUUCUAUAGUAUGAGUUUGAGCCAUCAGCCCCUCAUGAGCUUGCUCAGUAUGAUGGGUGUUUCGGAGAGCUAUGCAAACUUGACCGGAUUAUUUAGCCAAGCCGGCUCAAUCGCCCUCGAAGUCCGGACUGAUAACGACGGGGAAAAUCCGUUCAUUCAGUUCCUCUUGAAGAAUGGCACCUCAGAUCCACACUACUCGGGUUACGCACUCUUUGGAGGCUCACCCGAUAUUAGCGUCUCAAAGUUUGAAUCAAUGUUACAACCAUUUGGGCUCUCUACACUUUCAAGUUGGUGUGGUCUCUGCGGAACCCACAUUACGAGAGGAUGUGGAUCGACCCGCGCAAGUAACAAUGCGGAUUUGAGUUCGGUGGCGGCAGGACUCAUGGGCGCAGGUGCUACGCUCUUUGUGGCGCUGAUGCUUGUGACCCUGUGUGUGAUGGUGGGCUUAUUGAAGGUUGGGGAAUGGGGAAAGAGGCUAGGCGCUGUUAUUGUUGCACCGAUGCAGCACUCUAGGAAGGGGAGCAAUGUGAAGAGCGGAGGGGAACAGAGCGAGAAUGAUGAUGAGGUGCGCCUCGCGCGAAAGUGGGAGGAUGAUCAGGGGAAUGCGUCUGCGGGUUGA